AAGAAUAUUUUUAUAUUAUUAACAAAGAAAACUCACUUUAAACUUAGAGAAAUGUUAAUAAUUACACCCUGUUCUACAUUUAGAUGUUUUAAAGCUCUAUCAUGCUGACUCUGAGGAAUUAUAAUAACAUAAUAUGUGAGUAGAGUAAGAGUUGUUGGAAUUGAGAGACUCCAAUCUGUCAUUUUCUGUCUCGAGUAUCCUGGUUACCUUCACAUCACCAAGGGUUUAAUUACUGCUGAGCAAAACCACAGAGAAGCCUCAUGGGAGGUCAGACAGAGAGACGAAGACGAGUAAAAUCAGGUGAGACCGAGCGAAAACAGGAGGUUACCAGCGAGCCAAGCUUAGACACGUAUGCCACAGAAUAGUGAGAUAGAAAUUUGAGUGGUUAAUGUGCACGUAGAGGAGGGAGGAAGACGCUCUGCUGCCAGGAUGAGAUCUGUACCAACAUGUGAAGAAGUAUGAACUGUGUGAGCGGAAGCAGCGGGGUCGGAGGUGGGCAUCAAAGUGUGCUCUGAUCAAAGGGGUUUGUGCAGUGGAUUUCACCAACUUCUAUCAAAGAUAAAUCUACAACUUGUCAUCACUGAGCUCCCAAACCGACUCCACUCACCCUCCCUCCCACCAUGACAGAGGAUGCAGUCUCAGCUCCCCAGCAGGGGGACCCGGCUGCUGCAGCACCCGCCCCUGGGGAGCCCAUGGAUGUGGAGUGUCCCAUCUGCUACCAGGAGUACAACCAGUACAACAAAUGCCCCCGGAUGCUUGAGUGCCUCCAUGUUUUUUGCACCGAGUGCCUCCAGAGGAUCCAGCUCUGCUGCUCUGAGCCCUCUGACCCCCGCAGCCUGCCGGCCAUCCCCUGCCCCCUGUGCCGCCACCUCACCCCUCUAGAAUCCGGGGACGCCCUCUCCUUACCCUGCAACUCCCGCAUCCUGGCCAGGCUGCCCCCCGUGGCCUUCCGUCUUCCCGUGACCAUGGCGACCCGCCUGGCCACAGUCACCCAGAGGGUGGUGCUCUCCCUGGAGGGCGACAGCAGGGACACCCGCUUCAUCAUCCUGCCCACAGUCAGCCUGCGGGUGCAGCAGAUGCACCCAGACAGGCCGUACGGUACGGCGCCGGGCCUGGUGGGUGAGGAGGAAGUCAUACAGCAGAGCAAGAAGACACUGUUCUGUGUGCAGCUGCUGGCUGUCAUCUUCUGGGUGCUGUUUGUCAUCACCUGUGUGGUUGGGGUGGUGUUUGGGCCACAUUUCUUGAACAGGAGUCUUUAAUAGGGAACAGGAUUUAUCUCCUUUUUGUAGCAGAUUAGUUCUUGAUAUGAAGUCAUAAUAUAUUCUACAGAAAAGCACUGUAAAAAUAUAGAUUUUAGAGCAUAUGAUUUUUUUAUUUAAUGAAAAAAACAUUUAAACCAAUCCUUACUCACUGUGCUGCAUAUUUGUUGCACUUUCAUUAAUCAUAGGCUGAUGAAGGGUUCCCUCUAGUGGUGGAUUUGGAAAUGGAUGAAAUGAGCUCACAUCCAUCACAUUUAUUUAUUAUAAAAAGAAACUUAACAUGUCUUUCUUCUCUUUAAUAUAUUAUAUUUAUCAUUCAUGUCUGUGUUGUUUGCAGUUUUUCCAUGUCACUGUUCAUUAAUGUUAUUAUACAGCUGAUGAUUAAACUGAA